UGGCAUUCUACAAGAUGACUCUCCUAUUGUCCUCACAAUCAUAGCACACUGAAAACAAGCAAAUAUCUCGUGGCUGUCAGCAUGGCUCUUGUCGCCUCUCCACCGCCCCCACCUUCGAACCCGUCGAGUGACUCUAACGAUGACUUUUAUGAUGAUGAGAUCCAGAAAUUGAAGGACUUGAAAAACCGCUUAAUUGAGCGCCGCCGCUUCCUCGCAGAAUCAAUACUAUCAUCCUCGGAUGUUCAUGCUCAAAUCGAGAGGCUCAGUGCUAGGCCCGAACCUCGAGGAAGCCAUGACGACAAGCUCUCAGUACUUCUCAAAUCUGCAUUGUACCACUCUAAAUCUGACUCACACCGUCUGGCUUUCGGCGUUACUGCUUUCCGCUUCAACGAUCCGAGUCCAGAAUGCCAACAUCUGAAUCCACUCCUUGGGGUCAGACUCGAUAUUCGCAACGGUCGUGGAUUGGUCGAGAAGCCCUACUAUAUGUUCUGUCGGCGCGUGUCUCCUUCAAGUGACGAAAUACGCAUUCAUCGACAUACUAUCCCGGCGUAUGUGCCGUUGGAUGGAUAUGAACAAACCUUCCUUCCCUUGACCGACGAAGGCUAUGGAGGUUCCGAACACUCUCACGGUAGCGCCCAGCCUCAAAACCUCGAGGGCCUGAUUCAAUGUGUCCGGAGAGAUCUCGUGUCGUAUACUCUCAGGCGAGAUGCAUUGGACCAGCUACGCAAAGAACUCGGGCUUGCAGAAGGCCGGUCCCGGCCAAAGAAUUUCGAUGCUGCAGACUUAUCCGAAGAUGGUAUCGACAACGACGACGACGCUGCGAGUGAAAAGUACGGGAUCGAAGAGAUCAACGCGGAAAAUGCCGAUUAUAUGACUUUACGCAUCGUUUGGUCUGACGGCCGAUUGGGCUUGAUCAAAGUAUCCGUCGAUGGCAAGAUCCUGCGAGCGAUUGUCCUUGGGUCCGACGAUAAGCGCAUUUUGGGACAAGAACGAGUUCUUGGGGAGGGAGAGCCGCCGGUCUAUGAAUUACUUUCGAGACUGCAAAGGCUCCACGAAUCCGUGGAUUCUACCGCGGCGCGGGGUCAGAGCACAGCACCCAGCGAUGCCAGUGAGCCGUGAUCGACCAGUCCUGCGUGUGCUCUUACUCUGCCCACGCCGCCUGGUUCUGCGCUGCGUGGAUCAGGUUCGACUUGUGG